AUGGCGGGCAAGACAGUGCGGGCGCUGCACCUUGAGGGCAACAAGCUCUUCGAGGCGGGGCGCCUCAACGAGGCCGCGCGCGCGUUCCGCGACGCCGUGGAUCGCUUCCAGGCGGAUAGGCUCUCGACAACGUCUGCUGUGGAGGAGUUCGUCAAGGUCGCGGGCAACUUGUGUGUCUGUCACCACGCAACGGGUAACUGGCACGAGUGCGUCAAGACGGCCCGCGAGCUACUCGCCAUCUACCCGAUCAUCCCCAAGGCGUACGCCGCGAUAGGGAUGUGCAUUGUGAACCGGCUGCUGGAGCAGGAGGCAGAGCAGCGGGCGAUGGAUGCGCAGAACAGUCCGAGUAUGCCGCCGCGGUCAGGUGAGGAGGUGCGCCGUGAUGCGCGGCGGUACUUGGUGAAGCUUGGCGGUGCGGUUUGUACAGCUGACGACGCCCACAAGUACCUGUGCCGUGCGAUUCUCUUGUCGGAAGGGGCGCUGCAGGUGUCCCUGGGCCCCUAUGUGGAGACAGCUGUGCGGUGGGUGAGCGAGCAGCUGCUGUCGGCCGGGCUCUCUUUAGAGCGUGAAUAUGGCGACGGCGUGGUCGGUGAGCUAAGCGUGCUGGAGGAGAGCGUCUGCGAUGCGCCGCCGCUGCUGGAUGUGGCACCGGUGCCCAUUGAGCGUCACCCAAUUCGUGUGUUGGACGCUGCCGACAUGAGCGCCGCUGGCGCCAGUGGCACUGCUCCUGAGGGCUGCCGUCUCGAGGAGCUUCCUGAGGCGGAGGCGGAGGCGAUUCUGCAGGCCAUUCAGGAUGGUGAGCGUGCCGCGCGGGGCGAGGCGGCUGACUCACCGUCUCCUGCCGCGGAGAGCGAUGCUGCCGGCACCUCGACCGCCAUGGACCACAGUGGCAGCAUUUUUAGCAACACAAGCAGCCACGCCGCGGCGACACCGCCGCUGGACUACUUCCUGUCACAGCAGCGCACACGCGUGCGGGUGUGUCACGCCGAGAGGGGUGGUAUUCCUCGCGGCCUCACCCUCGCACGUGCGUCGGAGCCGUUCGCUAUCGGUCAGAACAUACUACCCGCUCCGCUUGCGGACCUCACCACCGCGGCUGGUGCUCGAGCGCCGUCGCCGACGGUGCCCCUCGCUUUGCCAUCCUCUACCCAAGGGGAUCUGGUUUCGCUGCACGUCGACCCCGCUACUUCCUCCAGUGCGGAGACUGUCUUCGCGUUGCACGCCCUGUCAUCUUCGCUCGCGCAGACCGGCAGCGGCGAUGCGCUCUCGAUGAGGGAUCUGCCCACUUCGGAAUCGCCGCCGCUUUUCAUGUGCAGUGCUUGUGGCCGGGAGCUGAACCCGCUGCAGCUCGCUGAUGCCCCACCCACCGGCUGCUCCACGUGCAACGGCGUCGUGUACUGCAGUGCGGCGUGCGCGGUGGCCUACCAAGGUCGCCAUGACCGGCACGAGUGCGCACUUCGUCUGGUGCUUCAGCGGCGCGUGGAGGCGUUGACCGCAGUACCGCCCUCCACCGAUCCCGAAUCCCCGCUGCCCGUCGGCGAAGUUCUCCCUGGCGGCGGGUGGAACACUCUAGACCUGCAUCGCCGCAUUCUGCCGCUCUGUAUCACAGUGUACAGCGGUCUGCGAAGCAGCGCGCCUGGCGCAGCCGAGGUGCAGGCACAGGUUCAGCGCGGGGUGCAGCGGCGCCUUCGCCAUGCACUGCCAGCUGAGGUUGCCGAGACUCUUGCCGAGUGGGUGAAGGCGCUGGGGUCUGUGGUGGCCGCACCAGCGUCGACCACUGGCACAGCAUCCUCGGCUCUGCUGCCGCAGGACGAGGAGGAGGGCAAACAGUGUGGCGAGCAGCAGUGCGACCACCUCACCGAUGCGGCCACGGCCACCUCUUGUGCUGCCGCUGACGAGGAGCCGUCUCUUGCAGACCAGCUCCUCGCAAUCUUCUUCACAGUGCGGCUCCUCGCUGUCAACCAUGCGGAGAGCCGCUGCAGCGCCUUCUAUGUCGAGCGACUCCUUCUCCGACACUCAUGCGAGCCAAACUGCAUAUGGUCCGACACGCUGCGCGGCAUUCUCACGGCCCGCUUUAUCUGUAAAGGCGAGGAGAUGACCAUGACCGUGGACGACUGCUUCCCACAGCAUUGGCCGUGGCAGGUUCGGCAGAAGUGGUUUGUGUACCAUCACGGGGUGCCGUGCCAGUGCGCGCGGUGCCUGCGGGAAGGGGCUGACCUGAACCACUCGCGUGGCAUGCUCGCAAGCGCGGUAGUGGAGCAGCUGCUAACGGCCGACGUCAUGGGUCACCCGUGCCCGACGCCGGCGCACAAGCACCCCACGCACCUCUUUCACCUGCCGGUUCAGAGGCUGGUCGAGCAGAGCAAGUCCACACGGCAGCGCAACGUGCCUGCGUUGCUGUGCCGCCUUGAUGAGAUGCGCGCCGAGCUGGGCAAGUACGUGUUGCCCUCGCACUAUCUGCUGGAAGACAUUCGGCGCGCCAUGCUGAACGUGGCGGAGGCGGAGGGCCACCUCGCCAGGUGCACUGUCGAGGCACAGAGCAGCCUCCUGUUUUGGGAGUCACAGUGGGCUGGCGCGAUCCCGGCGAAGGCGCAGCGGCUGCGUCUGCUUCCAAGCGUCUUCGAGUGCGGCCGUCGGCGCAAGCUUCACCCGCAUCAGCAGCUCCGUCGCCGACGUCACACAUGGCAACCAGCAACCAGCGCAUCUGCCCCUGCCGAACAGCCGCAAGACACUUCACCGGAGCGGAGAGAGAGCGUCUCGCCGCCGUCGCCGGUUCCAACGCCGAUGGCGGUGCCGCACGACAGCAGCGAGACUGCCUUUUCUGCCGUGCACGCCUUCCGCCCGGCAGGGGUGGGCUAUGGCGACCACGCGGCAAGCAAAGCUAGGGUUGCAUCCGCUGCUGUCACCGCCGCUGCGACACCACGCACGCCGGUGCCGGCACCGCUCAUUGCCACGAAGGACUUCGCCUCUGGCCGCAACAUCAUUGAUCUUUUCUACGGCUCCUACCAGACGUGGUACAUGUAA